GAGCGAAUGGCUCCAUGCAGAAUGUUGUUGAGAAAAUCUCAAGGGCAUGUUUCUCAGAGUCCUGAGGAAGGAGACUUCUGUGAGAGCCAGCGUAACCCACAAAAGCAACAGGGAAACCAUCCAGGAGAGGGACGUGGUAAAUCCAGGUACAGAAGCAGAGGGGUGAAAACAAACACAGAAACUGUCCGUCAGAAAAUCCCCCAUCAACAGUCACCCUGCGCUUGCAGUGACUGUGCAACUCUUAGUAAAAGUGGAAGAGCCCACACAGGAGAGAAACCCUUCAGGUGCUCUGACUGUGGGAAAAGCUUCAGUCAGAGGUCAUACCUUGUUAUCCAUAGGAGAAUACACACAGGAGAGAAACCCUUCAGCUGCUCUAACUGUGGGAAAUGCUUCAGUCACAAGUCACACCUUGUUAGCCAUAGGAGAACCCACACAGGAGAGAAACCCUUCAGCUGCUCUGACUGCGGGAAAAACUUCAGUCAGAGGUCACACCUUGUUAGACAUCGGAGAACACACACAGGAAAGAAACCCUUCAGCUGCUCUGACUGUGGGAAAUGCUUCAGUCACAGGUCACAGAUUGUUCGACAUAGGAGAACCCACACAGGAGAGAAACCCUUCAGCUGCUCUGACUGUGGGAAAUGCUUCAGUCACAGGUCACAGAUUGUUCGACAUAGGAGAACCCACACAGGAGAGAAACCCUUCAGCUGCUCUGACUGUGGGAAAUGCUUCAGUCGGAGGUCACACCUUGUUAGACAUUGGAGAACCCACACAGGAAAGAGACCCUUCAGGUGCUCUGACUGUAGGAAAAGCUUCAGUGAGAGUUCAAGCCUUGUUGCACAUAGGAGAACCCACAUGGGAGAAACCGAGGUGGGCAAAAGCCUCUCAAUGGGCAGAAUCCAGCCUUCUUAGGGCUUUGAUCCUAAUUGGCAUGUGCUGUGAGGGAAGCAGCUCAGCCCCACUCCUCUUCCUGCCAUGCAGCCACUGGAGAGGAGGCAGCACUGGGGUAGAGGCUGCA